AUGCGUGUCCUUUUCGUACUCGCCGCUGUGUGCGCUAUCAGCGCUAAUGCUGCACCCCAAUAUGGAUAUGAACCAGGCAGCGGCAACAGUGGAUUACUGUCACGCGGUAACAGUGGCCUCCUAAUCGGCGGUAAUGGUGGUGGUAUCGCACCUGGUGGUGGUGGUGGUGGCGGUAUCGCACCUGGUGCCAAUGGCUUGGGCAGUAGCGGCCGCGGUGGUGACAAAUACUUGCCGCCCGAGUCCGAUCAGCAAUCACCACUCAUCAACAAACAAUUCUACACCAUCUCUGCACCCGAAGACAAUGCGGCCAAAUCGAAACAUUUGGUUUUGGGCAAACCACAAAAGAACUACCGUGUGAUCUUCAUUAAGGCACCAGGUCCUGAUAAUGUUAAAUAUUCGGCUGAAUUUGCACCACAAGAAGAGAAAACUGUUAUCUAUGUGCUGCACAAGAAGGGCGAAGAUAUCGACGCUGCCAACAUUGCCACACCAGCACCAACUCAACCCAGCAAACCAGAAGUAUUCUUCAUCAAAUACAAGACACCUGAGGAGGCAGAACAGGCCCAAAAGGAAAUUAAGGACCAAUAUGAUCAAUUGGGUGGCAAUACCGAAACCGGCGAGGAAACCGCUCCAAUUACCUCUGUCGUUGGCGCUUUGGACAGCCUUAACCCUGAUGGCAGCUACAAUUAUCGUCAAGUGAACAGCGGCAGUCCUAACUCACCUCAGCCACAACAGCCUAGCGCUCAUUAUCUACCAUCUUUCUUGAAGCUUUAA